AUGGCUUCACUUAGGCGCUCUAAAAACUAUGCCAGCGAUGCACGAACACCAAUAUUUCUAUACGCAAUCCUCAAACAGCUCGAUUUGAGAAAUAUUGAUUGGAACGCUGUCGCCGAUAAACUGGACAUUUCAAACGGCCACGCAGCACGUAUGAGGUACAGCCGUAUGAAGCCUCAGUUCGAAGGAGUGGCAGCUCAACCUCGUACGCCCAGACCCAAGAAAGAGAAAACCAACAGCAAACCGGCGAUUAAAGACAAGGGCAAAGGAAAGCGUCUCCUACUUGAGGAAGAAGAGGCACGCUUAUCUAGGCAGGGGAUCUUUGACGGUGAAUCGGAGGAACAUGACCCUGCUCCGAAGCGUAUUAAGAGGGACGCAACAUUGGAUUUUGAUGCCCCUACACAGCAGUCAUUACCCACCCCAUACAGGCAGCUGAUACAUCCUCCUUGGUCUGGUCCAAUGCUCAAAUUCGAAGACCCGACCCCUUCAAUGGGCCUUCCUGGUAUUGGUCCCUCUGACUAUCUGCAUCUUGGUAAGAAGGAACCCGAAGGUUAUGCUGCCACAGGAUCCACCUUCUCACCAAUCAUCAAAAUGGAGCCGACAAUGCCUCCAAUAUGUGAUCGCGGUAAUGUUAUGAUGUCAGGGCAGAUUAAGCUGGAACCUGGCACAGCACGUUAUCCCAGCACUAUUGAUAGUCCUUACAUGGGCACGGGGGACACUGACUUGCAAGGCUUGAAUCAAAUCGACGCUGAAAAGCAGCAAACGCUGUUCUGCCAUUCACGAAGCCCUGGAGUGGAAACAGUUGGUCCAUCUUGUGCAGUGGGGGAAUGUCGACGUAUAGCAAUGGAAAUGCCAUACCUUCGCCAUAAUCGACCAAUGGCCGACUAUUUUCCACCCUCUGAAGCAUUACCAUCUCUUGGUGCAAAUUAUAUGUUCAGCCCGCUUGCGACGUCAUUCGAAGAUCUGCUCACAAUGCCCCUGCAAGAGUUACAGCCAGACUAUGGUGGAUCCAUUCCUGUCAGAGGUGCCGAUACUAGAAGCGUGGACACAGGGAUACAACACUCUCAGUCUACAGAUGACGUUACGGCUCGUGCAGACAAAGAAACAGCUUCGCCAGGCGAGUCCGAUCGUCUUGAUGCAUUUAUCGACCAGUCAAACAGGCUCGACUAUGCCAUCAGAACAGGUAUGAACGAAGAAGAUCCAGAUGUGAAAGGCAAGAUCGAUCAAACAACGGAGAUAAAGAGGGGAUGCUGCGCUAUUGCCAGUGAAGAAGACAUUCAGGAAUCUGAUGAUACGAAUGGAAAUGUGUUGAUCAAACGGGAGAUUAUUGAGAUUGAUGAUUAG